CCUGGCCCCAGACGAAACGCUGUAACUAAGGCAACGAGACGCUACGUUCACGAAGUGGGGAUAAUGGGAGAGGAGAAAGAGAAGCAAGGAACGCUUCAAAUAUGUCCGCGUCUGAAGAUUACGAAGAACAAGAAGACACAGCGACCACUGUUCCAUCCGUCCUCAUUACGAGCUGUGACAUUGGCUUUAAUGAACAAGAUUUGAUAAAACAGAUUCUAGGCACCACAUCGUUGCCAGAGCCGUCCAAGCAGGAGGAUACGGUAGUGUGGUACCCAUGGACUAUCAACAACAAGUAUUACACAGCAGACGUCAGCCUCUGUGUGGUGCCCAGUACCUACCAGAUGACCUCGGAGAUAGCCCAGUCCAUGCAGGCUUUCAUUGCUUACUUUGACAGCACAGUGAAGGAUGGUUUGGAGCGGCUGUCUCCCUGGAUAUCUGUGGUGGAAGACUUGGCUCCAGAGGUGCUCAUCCUGGUCUGUGACCGCGUGUGUGAAAGUGGUGUCAGUAGACAUGAGGCACAUCAGUGGUGUUUAGCACACGCCUUUGAGUUGGUGGAACUCAGCCCUGAAGACCUGCCAGAUGAGGAAGAUGACUUCCCCGAGUCUACAGGAGUGAAGAGGAUUGUCCAGGCUCUCAACGCUAACGUGUGGUCCAGUGUGGAGAUGAAGGAUGAACACAGUGGGGGCUUUGGUCUUAUGAGCAGCUUGGUGGCCUCCAGACAUAACAACCCACGGCCCAGGCAGGAUACACCCCCACCGUCCUCCAGUCUGCCAGUAGAGGGUGUAGUAGACAGUGGAGAGCCUCGCAGGACUGAACCCAACCCUGACAACCGAGACACACAGGUUGACACCAUAGUAGAUCCGAUGCUUGACUUGGACAUCCAGGAGCUGGCUAACCUGACGGCUGGGGACGCGGACGUGGAGAACUUCGAACGCCUCUUCACCAAACUGAAGGAGAUGAAAGAUAAAGCUUUAUGGCUGCCUCCUGAACAGAGGAAACUUCAUGCUGAGAAGGUUGCCAAGGCGUUUUGGACGGCCAUCGGAGGAGACCAGGAUGAGAUAGAAGGCCUGUCGUCAGGGGAGGAGAGUUAAAGGGAGACUGAGGAGUCACGCUCUUCCUUCCUGUCCCCAGUCCUCUCCUUCCUGUCCCCAGACCUCCCCUUCCUGGGGCUCCUCUCCUUCCUUUCCUGUCCCCAGUCCUCUCCUUCCUGUCCUCUCCUUCCUGUCCCCAGUCCUCUCCUUCCUGUCCUCUCCUUCCUGUCCCCAGUCCUCUCCUUCCUGUCCUCUCC